AUGGGUGACCCAUUCUCUAUUGCAACCGGUGUCGCUGGCCUCGUUUCACUUGGAAUUACCGUUUGUGACGGUCUUCACACCUACUUCAGCGCUACCAAAGACAGAAAAGAGGAUCUCGCAAUUGUCACACAGAACCUGGCCCUGUUCAAAUUUCACAUUUUUGCUGUUCAAUCGAGUGCAUCAAAGCUUGGCCAUCGUCAUUCUCCAGCCAUCGAUGGCUUACAAUUGAGUUUAAUUAAUUGCGAAAUGCAGCUUGGAUCUCUCCAAACAUUGCUCGACGAGUUGAUGCCCACUCAAGAUCCAUCCUUGACCAAGGAGCUUUGGAAAAGGCAGAAACUGAUUGCGCGAUAUCCCUUUGACCGCAAGAAGCUGGUGCAGCUGGAAGAGUACCUCUCACGAGCAAACAAUACGCUCAGUAGCUUUAUACAAGCCCUCAACCUCGAUAUAAACAUCCGCAUGAGUGACGAAUUGGAAGUUUUUAAAAAGUCUCUGGAUGCACUUGACAUCAACACCAAGACCACGUUAAGAACUAUUGCCACCAGACUCGACAUCAUCAAACCUAGGGCAGAAUCUAGCACCCCCCAACUUGUUACAUCCAGAAUAAAAUAUGCUACAGCCUCCAGCAGCGACAUGACCGGCUUACCCAAGACCGCCGUGAGUGUUGCGGAGACGAAGGCCUCAUUGAACGGAUACGAGCGAUCUCUCGAAGAUCUCACCAAAGUCCAACAAAUACCUCGUUAUCUACAGAAUGCUGAGCUAGAAAAAAGGCUGUGCAAGAAGCUAGGGGGCAUGGAUUGUACCUGCGAAGCUUCAAACAGAAAGACUAGCAAUCGUCCUGCAAAUCGCACGUACCGAUUUUGGGGGGGGCUGACAGUCUCAAGACAAGGAGAUGCACGAGUAAAUCAUCGCCCAGGGUGCAUUUUCUUUCACAAGUCGAACAGAAAUAUGUCGAGAACUUCACUGACGUAUUUCGGGCUUCUCUCUCGUUUUUCUCAAUCAUUCACUAUCUCUCUCACACAAGAUUACCCCAAUGGACCAUAUGGUGUCUCUUUUGGAUUGCAGCCUUGCAACAUUGUUAAGAGCAGCCCUGCUUUCAGACUCUUUGACAUACAGUCAGGAAGACACCGUGAAUCCUCCGAUGCUUGUUUGGUUUGUAUGAAAAAGAAUGGCCUAGACCACCUUGCAGACAAUGUUAUUAAAAAGCUGAGAAUUAUCUACGGAUCUGGAGAUGCAUCACCUUUCGAUGUUGACCAAGAUGGCAAUAAUGUCGCUCACAUAUGCUUGAAGGCUUGUCUGCACCUUUUCAAAUUGCAAGAGCAACUGAAGUUAAGCGUUACAGCAAUCGAUACCGUUUGCAAGAUGCUAAGCUACCUAGCCGAUCUCGGUGUGCCCAUUACGGCAUCGAAUUUCAAUCAAGCUAACUUGUUCACCCUAUCAAUGGAUUACCGCGACCUCUGGGUUCUCCCGAGGCUUCAUAAACUGGUCAUGAUCCAAGAUUCAAACUUUUACGACACCCAGUUGGCUCAUAGCGUGUGUCCUCCAAGUGUCGGUCAUGGAGAGAAAUUUCCAAAAAGGUUAGAGACCUUGUGUAAAUAUCCUGAGAUAUGUGAAGAUAUUGGAUUCUCAAAACUGUUUUUAGCUAUCAUCACGAAAGAUCAUCGAAGGCUUCAAUCUAUCCUGGCAGAAGACGAAAAGCUUUUAAAUAUUUCGCAAACGGACUUAUAUGGGCGUAACAUAUUACAUGCAAGUAGCAAUUGGCCUGAUGGACUCAAAAUUCUUUUGCGGCGGCAAGAUGUCCACUCCUUGAUAGAAAUGGGCCCAGAAAACCAAUAUAUCCGUCUCAGCCCUUUGGACUACAGUCUAUUCUACAGUAAGAUAUACUGCAAUGCUCCAGAUCAGUGGACAGAGUGUGAUAGCUGUACUUGCUACGUUGCGGUCCAGCUCAUGCUCGAAGCCGAUUGCAAAGUCACUGUCGGUUUCAGAAGGGCUGACACCCUAGCUAAUUGCUCCUUGAAAGCCCGAAAAUUGUUCUUCAAGCAUCUCAAAGACAGGCGUCAGCGGCUGCGGCAUAUUGCUCUCGGCAUCUUUCCUAAGAACAUCCUGUCUCAAUAUGGAAUAAUCACGAGUCCCUUACCUGACAAGACUGCUCUCCCGCUGUGGAGUCUACUGCGACAAACUCAAGAUCAGCGGGAUCGUCGAUUCUCGCUUCCCGAUAGCCUUAAUCCUUCUGACAACAUACACCUUGUCCCCGAGGGCUUUUUCGACUUUCAUUAUCCCCUACAGGUUAUAGAGCUAGCACUCGACUAUGGCUUCACGCCUAGAGAUGAAAAUGGUGUUCAAACACUUCUAUCUGGUAGCUACAUCAUACCGUACUAUUCAGCCGAGAAUUUAGAGGUUUUUAUAAGAUAUCUAGAUUGGAUACUCCGACAAAACCUAGCCCUAGAGCUUUCAUUAGGGCCAUACCGGUUCUCCAUUCUUCAUCGCGCUGCGAUUUUCGUUGGGAAUCUUAUGUACCAUGCCUCCAAUCUGGAGCACCAGGAUGUCUGCAUAUCCGAACUGCAGGGUUCGAGGACAUUGCUACCAGCCAUAUACGACAACAAAGCCCAGUGCAACAUACCAUGUCCUUGCUCAUCAGGAAUACGUACUAGACCCUUGGCACAUAUUUUGCCCGCAAUGUUAUGGCGUCAAGGUAGCAGACAGGUGACGUAUUUCUUUUCGCAUAUAGGAAAGAAUAUUGAACUUGUGGUUUCUUGUAUCGAUCUCUUGAAACUUUCAGAAUGUAGUUCUGAAUAUUCAUACAUGGCGAAGUGUGCAAUUCGUAUUCUGACUAUGAUGUCCUUGGGGGUGAGGCACUUGCCAAUCUGCCUAACUCAGGGCUAUUACGAUCUCGGGUAUUCAAUGGGCAAUGAGGACUGGAAGGAAAUAUUGGACGAGGACCGGGAAUUGAUCGAUCGGCUUGAAGCACUUGACGAACACUUUGGGGACACUUUCGAUCGCCAAAAUGUCUCUAUCGCAGAGUUUCUUGGGGGCUACUGGCUAAAAAGAAUGGACGAGGUCCUUGGGGGUUUGAACAAACCUCUAACUGUCGAAGAUAGAUGGAAUCUUUUGGAGGCUGGAGUGCUGUUGAACGAUGACGAGACUAAUGAUUCAGAAUGUCGUUAUGGGAUUGUAGAAUGGCCUUUGAGAUCAGGUCGCUUACUUGGGUGGUCUUGGUGA